AAAGAGUUAGAUGGGUUUAGAUUUGUUUUACCUGUGAAAACAUUAAAGCUUGGCUUGGUAAGUCGAUAGGUGUAUGGGACAAAAAGCCACGCCCCCUCUAUCUGUGGACCAAUCAGAAGGCCGGGUUGUUUUGAAGCGAUCGGUUUCACCACCAGCGGGUCUCCCCGUCUCUCCGGCCGGCUGCUAGCACUCUCCCACCGCCGGCGUCGCCCUCCCCCUCCGUCCGUCUCCUCAUCAUGCCGCGGAUCGGGACAGGGGUGCUGCUCGGGGUCCUCCUUCAGCUUGCUACCGGGGGUGGACAGGAGUUAUCGCCGGCCUUCGUCCGGGCGCGAUGCGCUUCCAAAUGCCUGUCUUUGCACGAUCUAUCCAUGCUAGAGGAAUGCCAAGCCCAUGAAUUCUGCCAUGCUUGCCUGUAUCCAUGCCAGCACUUCUCACCUUCAGACAUCAUGUCUUCCUGUAUCACCUCUUGUGAGUCGCUACCUACAGUCCAAGGCCACUCUCUCUGCAACAGCACCUGCGACUACCUCAGCUACACCAGCACCAACAAACAGGGGGACUGCCCUGCCCCAGAGGACGCACAGGGCUUUGCUGCAGCGUGUGUGGAGAGCUGCAGUGCUGAUCAGGACUGCAAGGGGGCGCUCAAGUGUUGUCCCAAUGGAUGUGGCCAUACUUGUCAAGAACCCCUCAAUAGACAUACAGGAACACCUCCACGUUUUGCAGAACGUCCUGUUGCCAUAGAAACCAAGAAGGGCCAGUCCAUCGUUGUGGAGUGGUCAUCGCAGAAGAAGUUUGACCAUGCAGUGUUCCUGCUUCAGGAGCGGUCAGCGGUGGGGAAGUAUGUCAAGGAGGACGACAUGUCCGACUGGGAGCUUGUGGAACAGACAACGUCCCAGGCCACCGUUGUGAAGGCACAUCGAGGCAGAUGGUACCAGUGGCGGCUGGCCGCAGUGAACGAGAACGGCACCAGGGGCUUCAGCGAACCCAGCAAGGCCGAGAGGCUCAGGAAAGAUCCUGCGGCUCCAAGUCCUCCAUGGAACCUAACUGAGGGCGACUUCGACAUCAAGGACGGAAAAAUCUCCGUAGACGUCCGCUGGUACCCACCGGCGUACAGCGACCUGCCUAUCACCAGGUAUCGGGUGUACUGGAGUAAAAGGUUAAAGGGCGUGACCCCUGGCCUCAUGAAGUUGAAGGAGCACAGAAAGAGUGUGAGAACUGCCAUGAUCACUCUGGAGGGGCUGGAGCCGGAUACUAGCUACUUUGUUCAGGUUCAAGCAUUUGCCAACUGGGGAGACAAUGAGAGACUACGCAGUGAUCGGGAGUCCUUCUUCCUCAGCACCAUCCCCCUCCCCAUAGAGUUGCCGCCGACACCUCCAAACCCGAUGAUCCUGCGCCUGCACUCGCCCAGCGUGGUACGGAACCUGUCGAUAGAGGAGCCGUUCUUCCACCACGAUAGAGUCAAGGCCAAGGUCUACUGGGAUCUACCUGAAGGUGAAACGCACAAGUCUGUGACCAAGUUCAUGCUGCGGUGGGUUCCCACGGUGUGUGGGGACGGGUACAGUGGGGACGGAACGCUUCUCAGCAGGAUCAAGGAGGCCACCACUCAUAAUCUUGACUUUGACAUCUACGACCUGAGGUUUGACUGUCACUACGAAGUCAGAGUUCACGCCGUGUCAUCAGAAGGGGUGAUGGGUAAGGAGACAGGGAUCCGCUUCUACAGUCCGCCGUGCCGCGAGAUCAGGAUCAGGGGACGGCAGAGGCCAGACUGUCCCACUCCUGCACCAGAUGUACCCCAGCAGCCCCAGAACCUGUCCUUCGUGUUCUUCAUGGCGGACGGAAACGUGACGGGACAGUUCAAAUGGAGGAUGCCUGUUCAGUCCGACAAACCAGUUACAGGUUUCCGUGUGAUGUGGGGAGAGCAGGUCUCCUCGCCCAAAGGUGUGACCCCCGGCCUACCCCAGGCUCCUGUCAUAGACAGGACAAGUGCAAAGGCAAAAAUGCUGCCCAAGGACCAGUUUACUCACCUGAUCCAGGGGUUGACCCCAGGCCGACCUUACGUGCUGCAGGUUCAGGCACUGUCGGAGGUCGGAGGGGGCGCCAUGGCGCAGCUCGAGUUCACCGUUCCUCCCAUCAGGCAACAGCCCAACUUUAUCCCUCCUAUCGGGAGACCGUCAUUAGCGGAGGAGUGGGAGAGAAAAUUCCAGGGUUACAACUCCGACCUCUUCCAAGACGACGAGAGAAGAAACUCCGUUUCUCCGCAGAGCACGGCUCGAACUAGAACGUCACCUUCUUGGGCGCUACAAAACCCGGGGAGCGAAACAAAUAGCGCACCCCGUUCUUCCGCGCAGUCGUUAAGAUUGUGUUGGCUUACUGUACUUUUGUGCUCCUUCACAAUUGUUGCAUUAACUACAACAGGAUUCUCUUGUAUGUAAAUACCUAAUGUGUACUGUAAAUAGAACGUAAUUAGUGAAAACGACGAUUAAGAUGGUGAGUGUUCCAGAGAGGCCAAGAAAGGACCGUUUGUUGUGUGACAGAUCUAGAAGAAGCUUCAGCAGUGCAAGUUAAAGCUGUUUACAGAUAAUGUUCCUAAGUAUAACUAAAUGCAAACAGUCCUUUGUUGGUCCUGUCUGUACAAUCUGUGAUUGUCUGUGACAUGCACAAACUGCUCGAUGUAAGGAGCUUUCUAUCAGCCUUUUGGGCUCUGUUCAUGACUCUAAAUAUGGGGACUAUUCUCUGAGGACACUUUAAAGUCACAUGACCAUUACAGGUGGCUGUUUUAUCAUGUCAUGGUGCCAACAGUUUGUGUGUCAUCACUAUGGGUUGAACACAAAAUGUACAGGCACUGCAAGAAUGCUACAACAGCCACAGAGGUAGACUCCUAGCCUGGUAUCCAGCCAUAUUAUAGCUCCCAAGUCUCUUCUGUCGUCUAUUUAUGGAGAGGACAGAAGAGACACGAUAGCUAUAAUACGGCUGGAUACCAGGCUAGUAGACUCCCUGUUUGGGGUUAUGAAUGGUGGCAUAGGUGCGAUGGUAAAGUUGAUAUAUAUCCAGCAGUUCCUCCAUGUCUUUGUUCCCAUUGUUGGAGCUGGCGUAUGCGUUGGGUGCACCACGUAAUGUUGCUGCACUUCUUACAUGUGUGUGAUGGUUGUUGCAAUAGUCAAGGGAAAAGAACUCUAUUUGAUGACAGCUUGUAGUUUUGUCCACAACCACAUGUUUAUAAGAUUAAGACCACACCAAUUUAAAUCUUUUUUUAAUCAAAAUAAGUUCAACAAAA